AUGGAUCUAGUCUCGUCCUUUGUUAUGCUGAUCACGUCGAGGAUGGCGGCUCGUCCGAGUAUAUACAAAUAUCCCGUGGGACGAACCAGGAUCGAGACGAUAGGUAUCAUCUUAUUUUGUGCUCUGAUGACCACAGUUGCCAUUCAGCUUCUGGUCGAGUCAGGCCGCGCCCUUGGCGAGGGUCAACGGGCCUCUGAAGAGUUGCACAUUGUGCCCAUCGUUAUCGUCGGCGUCGCCAUAUUUGCCAAGGGCUCCUUGAUGGUGUACUGCUUCGCAUACCGAAAGUACCCCUCGGUGCAUGUCUUCUUCAUCGACCACCGCAAUGACAUUGUUGUCAACAGCUUUGGCCUGAUCAUGUCUGUUGUCGGAGACCGAUUCGUGUGGUAUCUGGAUCCCAUCGGCGCCAUUUGCAUCGCACUGCUCAUUCUGUUUUCUUGGGUUUCGAAUGCUUUCGAUCAGGUCUGGCUUCUGGUUGGCAAGUCGGCACCAAGGGAUUUCGUCUCCAAGCUGAUCUACAUGGCAAUGACCCAUGACACUCGGAUCCUCAAAGUCGAUACUGUAAGCAUCCUGUCACCGCGAGUGUUGGAGCCGCCUAACCGCCGGCAGUGCCGAGCAUACCAUGCUGGACAAAAGUACUACGUCGAAAUCGACGUUGUCAUGGACGAAUCGACUGCUCUGAAAAUCUCUCAUGACGUUGCGCAGGACCUGCAACGGAAGGUCGAAGGACUGGGUGAUGUCGAGAGGGCAUUCGUCCACGUAGAUUACUCCGAGGCACAUGAUCCCCACGAAGAGCAUAAACCAUUGUAUGAAAGACAGUCAAGCAAGCCCAAGAGAACGUUGAAGGAUAUUCUGUUGAGAACGAAGAAGAACACGGCCCACGUGAGUGAGGCCGAGAUCUCCAUCAGCCGAAACUGA